AUGGACUGGAAGGAUCCCAACAUCGCGAAGAAAUACAAGCCGGGGGAGGCCAUGACGGGUCCCUUCGCGCGGCCGCUCAUCAAGCAAGCCGGGCUCGAUGACAGUCUGUCUCCCACAAGCGGCGAAAAGCUGGUCACGCUCGACAAUGCGUGCGGUACGGGAAUCCUGACGGUGCACCUGUACGACAUGCUGCCCGACCACGCCAAGGGCCGCAUCAACCAUACCUGCGGCGACAUCUCCCAGGGCAUGAUCGACCUGGUUCAGAGCAGGAUCAAGGAGGCGGGCUGGAAGGGCGCGACGACUAAGAUCCUCGACGCUCAGAAAAUGGACAUCCCCUCCAACACCUUUACCCACGUCCUCACCAAUUUCGGCUUCGUCGGCCUGCCCGACCCGAGCCUGGUCCUGCGCGAGUGGCACCGCGUCCUACAGCCGGGCGGCACCUGCGGCUUCACCGUCUGGGAGUCGGUGGGAUGGUACUCGCCCGUCGAGGCGGCCGUGAAGUCGCUCGACGGCCCAAAGUUCCCGACAUGGACGGAAUUUUGCAAGGCUUUCUCGACGACCGACGACGCGUGGGAGGAGCGGUCCUUCUUCGAGCGCGGCGUCGAGGCGGUUGGGUUUGAGGACAUGCGCGUCGAGAGCUUCGAGAACCGGACGAAGCAUGCCAGCGCGCGGGAGUUCUGCGAGCUGUACGGGAUGAUGUGCAGGGUCAUCACGGAGAAGUUCUGGAGCGAGGAGGAGAAGGGCAAGUACGGGCCGUUGCUGGAACCGGCGAUUGAGAAGGCAUUGCAGGAGAGAUUUGGAGAGGGCGAGUUUUCGUUGGAUUGGAAGGCGUGGAUCAUCACGGCGAAGAAGCCGGUUGAGAAGAACUAG